UUCACUCAUUCGUGUCGGAGCUGUCAAAAGCGGUAGUCGAUUUUCGUGGAUUUUUGGCUCGUUGGUCCGUGUGGCGAGCCUUUUCGGAGAAUAGUUUGAAAAAGUGGAUUUUGCUUUGAAAAAAGUGAGGUUUUUAAUCUUUGAAUAGGUAGUUAUAGAAUGGAUUAUAAUUGAACUGGUAAACUGUGAAAUAAAGAAGUUAAGGGCGAGGAUUCGGAAAAUUUAGAUUUAAAAGAAGGCGCGUGGUUGAUGUGCUGGAGAAUAAAAAACAGUAAAAGUGCGGUUUUGAUAACGAUCUCCGAAUUGUUUACAACUGCUUAUCAGUAGAAGUGUAAAAAAUCAACUUUCAAACCGUACAUGUACGUGCAACUUCGAAGUGUGUUACGUCGACGUUCUGGCCCGUGAGGAAAAAAUGUGAACAAGAUCACUCGCUGGCCGCAGCAGGAAUCGCGUUUUUCGUCUCUCACCCUCCGUCAUCGUCAUCUUCCGUCGUCAGUGGCGGUAGAGCACUGCUUUGUCGUUCAGUCAGUGUGGUGGCCACCAACAGCAGUAGAAACAAGGGCCCCAAAACGAAAGUGAGCAACACACACAGGGAUUCAGAGGCACCAGCACAGCCAGAGCGACGAAGACAACGGAACUGUGUGUGCGCGCGCGGUGCAGAGGCCUUGGCUUCCGUCAUCAUCAUCAUCAACAUCAUCACCCACCGCCAUCGCCGUAGUCAUUGAAGCGGUAGGCGCUCCGCUCGGAUGGUCGGUCGCGUUACGAGACCAGCAGCAGCAGCAGCAGUAGCAACAGCUUUUGCCUUACCUUGCCUCGUUGCCGCCAGUUAGUUUCGGUCCGAGUUUUAGUCCGCAGAGUAGCCUAUCCCGAGAACCUUCGUGUGUGCGUCCGUCCGUCCGUCUGUACAUCCGUCGUCGUCGUGUCAUCGCCGAGGGGUGCCAUUCGAAGACGGUUCUGCCCAUGGUGGCGUUCGAGAACUGGACGGACACAUUUGCGCUGCUGCUUCAAGUGUUGGACAGGGAGAAAAAAGUGUGUGGCUGUUUUCUGAGGGUAGACGAUAGCCACGACGGUCUUGAUUUGAAUUUUUAAAAGUCUGCUCGAGGCACGUUUGCACUUCUAUACAACACGAAACACAAAACAACAAAACAAAGUGAAGUGCGGUGGUGUUUUGUUGUUUAGGAAGAAAGGAGGAAGCAUAGUUAGCAAAAUUUGUGCGUUCCUGUAGUGAGAGAGCGUUUAAUCAGAAAAGGGAUUUAAAAGUGUGGUGGCUGAACUUUGUACGGACGCAAGUGGAUUAGGAAUAGGAGUAAACUUAUUGCACAUUGGCUGUUGCAAGCAGUGGGUGAGAAAUACAAGUGAUUUACGACCUCAAAGCUUCCGUCAAAAUGACUGACUCAUCAUACGCGAUGGAAGACGGUUCCGACCAGGAACAUACCCAGCACCAACAGCAAGAAUCUAACGGCAGUCUCCACGUUGGCAGCAACCGACUUCCGAACGGUAUCGUACCGGUCCUGAGCGAUAGCAACGAUGUAACCGUCCUGCGAGACGAGAACAGUCGUCUCUUGACCACUCUACUGGAGUACAAAAAUAUGCUGGAUGCCAAUAAAAUACGCUACGGCACUAUGAAGCGAGAGUUCUACGCAGCAAAAAAGCGCAUGAAACGGUUAUCCGAUAAAUUGCAAGCUGCUACUUCCGGUGCUGCUUCAACAUCGACUCCUUUGGUUGAUGGCAGUAACAGUGGUGGCAGCACCCCACAGCAGCAACCACCGCAGCCAAAUGUGGGCACCGUUGCAGAUGAAGAUAUUCGCAAAAAGUGGAAGGAACCGAACCUUAAGGCGGCAAUAAAGUUGAAGGCCGCCAUUGGGGUCCAAGCGUAUCAAUCGUUGAUCCGCGAUGGAGAACUACAGCUGCCCAGUUUGCGUACAAUUUCGCGCUACGUGGAUGCGCUAAAAAAGGCCGGGCUGAAGCCGAAUUAUGAUUUCAAUGUCCGCGAUUCGGACACCGUGGGGAACGUGUUCGUUGAGGAGGAGGAGGACAGCGGCGACGUUGACCACAAUAGUAAUCAGCAGGGAAAGACAUUAUUGCAGCAGCAGCUGCAACGGCCACAGUUAUCGCGAGACGUUUCCGACACGGAGGAUCCCGUUAAUUGCACUGCCAUCCCGGACAUCAGCUACUUCAGCGGAAAAAUGGAACAGGAUGACCUGGACGAUGACUUCGAUGAUGAUCAACCGUCCGAUCUGUACCUCAAUGGUGGCAGCCUUACAAACGGAGAUAUCUACCACCGGCAUCCCAAUCAGCACACCUAUCAGCAUCAAACCCUGACUGCGGCGCACAUCGAGUUUCUCAAGUCAAUGACCGGAUUCCGGAAGAAGUGGACCCCCUUCGAGUUGCGUACUUGCAUGGAUAUCCGACGUAUCAUCGGCAGUAAGGAGUAUGACUCUUUGCGCAAAAACGACGGCAUGCCACUGCCCAGUGCUAAGACACUACGAAAGUACAAACACACGGCCCAUCUGGAUGGGGUGGAUGUGAUGAGCCGCAAGAGAAGCUACCGCGAGAUGGUUGAAGGUCUAGUCGCGAAUGGUCACGAUCCCGCCACUUUGAAUGGAGGCAUGUCCAACUAUGGCGACGACGUGGACGACAUCAUGAACGCAGAAGAACCAGACGGUUAUUUUGAUAUCAACAACCUCUCCGAAGAGCAAAUUGAUUUCCUGCAGUCGUUAUCGGGCAACACGAAGGGUUUCUCGGACUACGAGCUCCAAAAAACCCUCGAACUCAAGAACGAGCUUGGCGGCAGCAACUACGAAAUCCUCAGGAAACAAGAAUGCCUCCACGUUCCAACGCUGGCGAUGCUCAAAAAGUACGAACACGACAACGGUCUGGAAGACCUGUCAGCAAUGGUAGGCGCGGAGGACGUCGACGAUGACGACGACCAGGAACCGGAACAGGAACCAGAGCAGGACUACGACAACGAACUGGUAAUGAUGGAGCGAUUCGGAGCGGACCUGAACGGUACUGGGGACGAUUCUCACAUGGGAGUCUUCGAGCAUCAUUCCAUCUUCGACAAGGACGCUGCGGCAUUCGAUAUGAGCAAGCUCUCGCAGCUACAUGUCGAGUUCCUGAAUACACUGCCCGAGAACCCGAAACGGUGGACGCAGCACAUGAUAAAUUCUGCGCUCAGUAUCAAGAACCAAAUCGGCACCCGUGAUUACGAGUUGUUGCGAAGGCAGGGUAUCCCGCUGCCGGCGGCGCGAACGCUCCGAAGGCACAAAGACAUCAAGAGUCGGAUGAAGGAAGAAUUUCCAGACAUGGCGUAAGAUUAGGCUGUAGGAUUGUUUUCUUUUUAUUUUAUUUUCUAGUGAGGUACCUGUAUUAUAGCGUUAGUUACAAGUUAGUUGUGUGUGAAUAGUAGGAUGUUGUUUGUAAAUAGGUCGACGCGAAGUCAGUUUAAUAUCGAGGAAAUAUAUGUAUGGCGCCAAAAAUUAUGCGAGAGCACAGUCAAAACUACACUAGAAGUUUUAUCGGAAUAUUCGUUGUUUUGUAGAGUAUGAAAAACUUUUCGAAAGAGGAUCAGGAAAUCCUGUCACGAAUUCCAUUUGAAUAGCACAAUGUGCGGUUUCUUUUUAUUAACUACUUUACAAGUUCUCGAGAAUCAUGUACAUUUUUUUGCUUAUGCUAAGUAACAUGAGAUGUAAAUAUAAUCACGUGCAAAUGAAAUAAACUAAUCUAUUUGAAAACUA